UAGAAGAAAUGUGGGGAGUGAUGGCCGCUGUGUGAGUGAAGACACUCAAUUGAUAUCUUUGUGUGUGUGCACCUGCUCCUCCAUAUUCCUUAGCUUUUGUGCUCAAGGCUGGUGCUCUACCACUUGAGCCACAAUUCCUCCUAAUGAAGAUCUCAAGGCAAAGGGUUCAGCCCCUGGGAUCUCUCUGGGGAGCUGAAGCAGCCAGAGCAAAGCAAAGGGUUGGGAGACCUUGUCCAGGGAAAGCUGCCCUGAGCCUGGGCCCUAAGGAGCCCGGAGGAGCUGUGCGGGAGUGCACUUCCACCGGGCCAGGCUGGCUGCUGCUGGGAGAUGUCCUUUGCUUCCCAGAUGUAAUGCACCUUAAGUUAAUUCAAGAGUGAAAAUGAGUCAUACAGAGGUUAAAUUGAAAAUACCUUUUGGAAAUAAAUUACUGGAUGCUGUCUGCUUGGUACCUAACAAAAGCUUAGCAUAUGGGAUAAUUCUUACACAUGGGGCAUCGGGAGAUAUGAAUCUUCCCCAUUUGAUGUCACUAUCAUCUCAUCUUGCAACUCACGGAUUUUUUUGCCUGAGAUUUACCUGUAAAGGCCUUAAUAUUGUACAUAGAAUUAAAGCAUAUAAAGCAGUUUUGAAUUACCUAAAGACCUCAGGAGAAUACAAACUUGCAGGUGUAUUCUUGGGAGGUCGUUCAAUGGGCUCACGAGCAGCUGCCUCUGUAAUGUGUCAUAUUGAGCCAGAAGAUGGUAAUGAUUUUGUUAGAGGUCUCAUUUGUAUUUCCUACCCACUACACCAUCCCAAGCAGCAGCAAAAACUCAGAGAUGAAGAUCUCUUUCGUUUAAAAGAUCCCGUACUCUUUGUGUCAGGCUCCGCAGAUGAAAUGUGUGAAAAAAAUCUGUUGGAGAAAGUGGCACAGAAAAUGAAAGCUCCCAACAAAAUCCACUGGAUUGAGAAGGCGAAUCAUUCCAUGGCGGUGAAGGGACGGUCAACAAAUGAUGUUUUCAAAGAAAUAAAUACACAGAUUUUGUUUUGGAUCCAAGAAAUCACUGGAAUGGACAAGAAAUGAUUGUCCUCAGCUGAAAGCUAUGAAAGUACAAAUUUGAGUACAGAUAUUGUUCUUUAUCAAAGACCAGUAUACCUCUCAGCAUUAUGGUGAGACAUAUUUCAGACUAUUGUUGUUUAAUGUUGCCCUAUUUUUGAAACACAUUUUAAUUGUGAAAUAUCCUUUACAAAAUGUCUUUUGAAAGCACUGUUAUAGUUGUAUGAAGAUGAUGUACAAUAUUGAAGGUGGUCUAAAUAUAAUUUAUUUUCUUUAGUAUAGUUAAGUUUUGGAAAAAAAUUAAACAUUUGAAUUUUGUUACAA